AUGCUAGGAAGGGAUUAUGAAAGGACUGAAUGGAAAGUGGUAAUUGGAGAAGUAAGUAUGGUGAACGGAGAAAAAAGAGAGUGGUGUUCCGAAGAGCAAUUCUCAACGUUCCACAUGCGCCAAAAGCGUAUAAUUAAUCUUAGAAAGCAAGGAGACGGUCCAGUACAUAUUGCAAGCGUUCCCUAUAUUGUUAAUAUUCGAAAAGAAAAUAUAAGUGAUUGUGCUGGAAGCAUAUUAUCGGCUGUAUUUGUCUUAACUGCAUAUGAUUGUGUUUUUCCUUCACUAAUGGAAGACUACUCCAUUUUAUCUGGUUCAGCUUUGAGAAACAGCGGAACUCGUCACAGUAUCAGCAGAAGAAUAGUAGUCCGACCCAAUCAAGAAUUAGUUUUACUGGAAGUUUCUCCACGUAUCGACUUUCACCAAAGCCCUAAUAGGCCAAUUCGACUGUUUACGGGAUUUAUUCUUUAUCCAGUGUAUGCUAUUUGUAGCGGAUGGGGAUGUACACAUCCAGGAUCUACUUGUUCGUAA